UGGGUGGAUAGACCGACAAAGUAGUUGGCAAAGAGAAGGGGUGGGUGGCAAAACGGCUCUUAUCACUAAACAUUCACCGACAGACUGACUGAUUGUUGAAAUUAUUGUUGCUCACUAAAAAUUCACAAUAAACACAACAACAACAACAACAGCUAAACCUUUCCCACGUUUUAAUAAGUAAUACAAAGCAAGGUGACGUAGUUUACUAUUUGUAUGAGUUAACCUGACAAUAAACAUCAGUGAUACAAAAGUUGUUUUACACAUACUAAGUAUUAAAUUCAACAUCUUAAACAUAGUAGCAAGAACAGCAGAAACAGAUUCUAGUUUUAGUAGUUUUUCUUUUUUACAUAUAACUGAAAAACUCCCAAGCUCUGAUAGUUGCUCUUUUUUCCUUUUCCUCCACCAUAUUCGAAGUCGGAAAAUAUGGCACAGAAAAGAACACUAAUCUAUUGUUGGAUAUUAACAUUUGUGUCACUGGUGAACUUCCAGACAUCUAUAUGUGAAGACCAUAUUCCUCUGAAAUGUUACGGCACCCCUGCUGAUCUGGUAUUUGUUGUGGAUUCCUCAUCAAGUAUCUGGCCUAGUAAUUUCAGGAAACAAUUGGAAUUUAUACAUUACAUGAUUAACAGAUUAGAUGUCGGUAUGAACAAAUUACAGGUGAGAGUUGGAAUUGUGACUUUUAGUGACUGGGCCAUGGUCAAUGUCUACCUUAUGCAGUCCAGAGAUAAGUCUGUGUUGAAAUGGAAAAUUGGUUUGAUUAAACAGAUCCAAGGUAAAACUAACAUUGCAAACGCACUAAAUACUCUCUUUACCCGAGUAUAUAAAUCAGAAAAUGGAGCCAGACCUGGAGUGAAAAGGAUUGCGAUUUUAUUAACGGAUGGAAUAUCUCAGACACAUACAACGGCGGCAUUAGUAGCAAAACGCUGUCGAAAAGAAAACAUAGAAAUAUUUGCUAUUGGGAUCGGAAACCGUAUCAGAUACGACGAAUUGAGUGAGCUUGUUAGUAGACCUAGGUGGAAAUACUUGAUCCAUGCUUCAAGUUAUGAGGAUCUUAAUAGAAUCAAAGAUGACAUCGUUCGUAAAACAUGCCGAAACCUCCCAUUACGCUUGAGCUCAAAAGAAAGGAAACGAAUGCGAAAAAUACAAACUGGUGACUCAAGAGUAACUGAUGAUAUACAGCUUGAUGCGAAAGUAUGUCGAAAUAUUAUGGCUGAUGUCUAUUUUCUAAUGGAUUCUUCUUCGAGCAUUCGAAAAACUGAUUUCAGAAAGCAACUGCAUAUUUUAAGAAAAGUUAUAUCCAAAUUUCAGAUAGGAUCUAACAAAACACGUGUUGCUGUAUCCUUUUUUACUCACCAAUUCCUUCCUGUAUGGAAAUUGAACGACUUACAAGAUAAAUCAGAGAUUCUAAGACGUAUUAGAUCACUAAAGUACCUGGGAGGCGCCACAAAAACUGAUUAUGCUCUUUACAAAGUAAGAACACAAGGCUUUAUAUGGCGAAAUCAGCAAAAUGCUUAUCAAAUUUUAAUUGUAUUUACCGACGGUCAGUCGCGUGAUUACAAACGGACGAGAUACGAGGCAAAAUUAUUGAAGCAAAGAGGAGUUAAGAUAUUCGUCGUUGGAAUUGGUUCUUACGUUGAUAAGGAAGAGCUGAAUAGCAUCGCAAGUACACCGUCUAUAGAAUAUGUGCAUACUUUUGAUAGCUUUGACUCUUUAUCAAUGACCAGCGGAAUUCUGAAUGUAAAAGCGUGUUCAGCAGUGAGACAGAUGUUUUUUAAUGACCAAAAUGUUUGCAACAAAACUCAAGAAACAGAUUUGAUGUUCAUAGUCAAUAACCAUUUGCUAGGAUAUAAUAAGACUGAGAAAAUUGUGAAUGUAGUUGCUGAGAUUAUCGAGCUUCUCGGUAAAGAGUCGCCCAUCCGCACAGGAAUGAUGUAUGAUGACUGUGAAACAACAGAAGAUAUUCCCCUCGGUUCUUUACAAGAAAAAACAGCUUUCAUUCAGAAAAUAGAUAAAAUAAAGUUUAAUAGUUUUGCAGGGAUGAUUAGAAAACUCCGAUUAAACGUUUUUCCGGUGGAAGACAUAGAGACAAAGAAUUCAUCUCGGCGAAUCGGCUUUCUUUUCCUGGACGAGGUGACAAAUAUAAACGAUUUCAACGUCAUUAGAGAAGUAAAACUAAGCUUAGGCAAUGGUAUUCAGUUAUACGUUGUUGUGAUCGGUGACAGAGUCGAUAUUUCUACCAUUGAACGUAACAUAGCUCCACGGGAACGAAUUAUUAUAAUACCAUCAUACAACGAUCUAAAGUCGCUGCUGCCAUCAAAAUUUACUGAAAAACUUUGCCGCUUAAAAGAAUCUUUGCAACACUUCCAACUUGCAAGCACUUGAAAUUUGAUAAGAGUUAUAUUUUUAUUCAGUGACUAAUUUAUUUACUAAAAUAUUGUCUGGUUUCCUUUGGCAACAAAAUAAUAUAUGAAAACUUUGAUGUGUGUAUUCCAUGGAAUCAGUCAUGUUACCGUGUAGAAACAAAAAAUAUUUAUUUCUAGUUAUUUAAAACGCAAUCAAUAAUUAAAGAUAACAGUUGCAAUAUAUUAUUUAUUGCAAAAAUAACUUAUUGUUUAUUGGCAUCGUGAAGUAUGUUGUCCGAUCCAUUGUGUUCCAAAUGCCGUUUUCCUCCUAGGUCAGAACAAUUCAGGUUAUAAUGCUACUUUAUUCGCUUAAGGAAAAAUUUCCACCUGCAAAUAAUAUUUAUUUUUCUUUUAAGAAUUUUUUCUCGUUAAAGUCGAUUUCUGUUUAAAUUAAACUAUAGAGGGGCAGUUUGAUGGCUAAAGUGGUUAUCCAAGAUUAGUUAAAAACUAUUUUAAGGCUCAGAGCAAUAAUAACAAUAUGUUGGAAAUUUCUUAUCAUCAUAAAACAAUUAUAACUGCAUAAAACUAUCACACGCAAAAUUCAUAUCGUCAAAUUCUACUUUAUCAUAUUGCUUGAAUACAUGUUCAUAUUCUGGUUUUGCAGAAUAUGAUAUUAUAGAUCUCACAAUAAAUUUUAGUAACAUGUAAUCAUUAUACACCUAGGAAAUAUUCUAAAAUGAACUACUUAAUGGAACACGCGAUAUAUGAAAACGUAGCUAUUGCUAUUGUGGAAAUAUUUUAUUAGAUAUCAAAUAAUGAUACAGCAUUAUAAAUAAAACACUGCACCGAAAAUGUUCAUAUAACAAUAACAAUUGUCGUUUCACAAAUUACUGGACCGUAAUAAAUUUUUCUAAUAAACAUGACUGCGUGCACACACACACACACACUAUUUUAUUAACGCCGGAAAAUCUUCCCAGAAUUUCACGUGACCGUUCGUCAGACAGUCGUGAUACAACAAAAUAAUUAUUCUGCUUUAUCGCAACUGUCUGACGAAUAAUUAAAAAAUACCAAUUUGCUCUACUUUUUUGGUAUUUCAGUGCUAUUUCCCUCAUUUAGUUUUGCACUUAUGAGCUUGCUUGUGGGUAUGACAGAUGUCUGGAUGUCAAUAUGUUAAUAAUUUCUUUUCUUGUUACAGUUUUUAGAUAUAGUAUGAUUAUAUUUACAAAAUACGUUUGAGUGCAUAGUUAGAGAUAUAUGCGUGCUUAUAUAAAAUAUAAAAUUUGGCUUUGCUAUCAGGUCUUUCAGAGUUUCAUCCCACUGCGCGGUAAUUUGGGCAAAUAUCUUAUAGACCUGUACGGAAACCCAUUAUGCAUGAAACAGGAAAAAAGAAAAUGGUGAAGUUACCUUCGGGAGUCAUGCUGACUCAUAAGGGCCGGUUUGCCAGUUUCCAUGGCGUAUAAAUUUUCUACUUGGACGGGACACCGGUCCGGCGUUGGAUUACUCAUUUUUGCCUGUUGGGUGGACUGGAGCAACGUGACAAUAAGUGCUUUGCCCAAGAACCUAACGCAUCACCCGGUCCAAGAAUCGAAACCACAAUCUUAUGAUCAUGAGUCCAACACCUCUAACCACUAAGCCACAUGCCUCCACAAACAAAUUGUCAAUUGUGGGGCACGACUGUCACUACAUAAACCUGAUGAUUAGUAACGCAUGAAAGUACUAGUUCAUUUCAAUAUUGUAAAAUUAUAGAACUGUAAAAUAGCAAAAAUUGCAAAUAAUAAAACGUGAAAAUCAAACUAACUUGGAAUUUCAUUGAUUAAUAUAUAUAUAUAUACAGCCCUAGCUGUGAUAAUAACUAUAUAAGAUAUAAGCGCCUUUUUAUAUAUACAACAUCCUCUUGUAUAUAUAUAUAUAUAUAUAUAUAUAUAUAUAUAUAUCGGGUCAGCUGGGAUACUUGUCCAAUCACAGGUCCUCUUUCAGGUUUCCGGAAAGACGAUUCGUCAUAUCCCUGGCUAGCCAAUUGUGGCGCCUCAAUGAUGAAGGAACCCCAUACGAUAUCAAGUGGAGGAUCUUAGAGCGGCCGGGACCCUACAUCAACAGGAGCGAUGCUGCAAGCUUUGCAUAGCCGGGCGAGCAAGGAUACUUAGAUACCCUGAAACCUGGAUCACUGAACACUCGCCAGAAACUUUACAGUUCUUGUAUCUAUUUCAAGCGCUACUUGCUGCAAGCAUGGAAUUCUUCGUUUUCCAGUUAAGCCCAGAAGGGUCCUUACGACCAAAAACCGCCAAAAUACUGGUCUAAAGGAGAUAACCCGUCCUCACUGACCCCGGACUAUUUAUUCUCUGAUGACCAACUGUUUUCUACUUUCUUACUUUCAAUUCUUUCAUUUGUCAUUUAUAAAGAAUAUACUCCGAAA